UUCAACUAAAUGACCUUCUUCAAGGGGAAAGAUCACCUAUUUUCCUUUAACAUUCAUUCUCAGCUUAAGAUUUUCUUUAGGAAGAAACGUCCGUUAGAUACUCCGAUUUAAGUUUAGAAAUUUUCCUUCGCUUAGUUAUAGGAGUUUAUUCCUAGUAAAGGUAUAUUGGUUUAUUUUACAGUAUUCGAAGUCUCCUAGGCUUUCAUUUCUGUACAUGCUGGUGGCGCCCUAUGGUAACCACGAUUCCGCGAAACACACUCACACCAUCAUCUUGCUUCAUGGCCGCGGCAGCACCGGGGAAGAGUUUGCCGAAGAACUGCUUGAAUCAGAACUGUCCAACGGAAACACACUGCAAGAACAGCUCCCAACUUGGCGAUGGGUCUUUCCUUCGUUCCCCGAGCUUUGGAGCACUGCUUUCGAGGAGACAAUGCCGGCCUGAAUUCGAGGCACACUCUCUGACCGACGUCACCAAAAGGCAGGAUUUGCAAAUAGCCGGGAUUCACGACUCGGUCCAGUACCUGGCCCGUCUGUUAGAGAAGGAGACAAGAAGUUGGGAGGCGCAGCUCACAGGGUUGCGCUGGGCGGCAUCAAUCAGGGAGGCGCGGUUGCAGUGUGGACGUUGCUCUACGCAGGCGACGGCGACGUCGCCCAACGAUUGGGAGGUUUCGUGGGCGCAAGUACCUGGCUCCCCUUCGCCGAUGGCCUUUAGCGGUAUCUCAACGGACGAUACAUCAUGGGAGACGACGAUCAAGUCAGUGAGCAGAUGCAUUCGUGAAGGCGAUGACGGCUUCCGCAAGGCGGGCUCUGCACCAGCGUGGCACUUCUGAGGUCAACCGGCAUCCUGUUCCAGCGUUUUCGGCUCACGGAACGGACGAUGCAUAUGUGGAUAUCGAGCUCGGACUAGUAGGCGGCACGCGUGUUGAAGAAUGUCGGGGCGAAGGUCUC